UUACUUCUGUACCUGGUAAAAUGGUAGAAGGCCCCAUUGGUUUGUAGUUUAUCUGAUCACCUCAGGUGUCUUUUUAUUUAUUUUUAAGCACAGUCUAGUUCUGACACAGCAAUUCCCUCAGUAAUUGUUGGUUGCAUCAGUGUUCUUCUGGGCAUGGACAGCCUUUGUUCACACUUAAGGUUCUGGGACAAAGUUAAGGUUACUUUUACAUCCACUAUUUCAGUUGUGGUGUCACCAUGCCAAUAUUAAUCUACUAAAAGAAGGUAUUUCUCCAUUAUUGGACAGAUUAAAACUAGGAAAAAUAAGAACUAAGUGCCAGGCAUUUUAUAUAUUACAAUAAUUACCUGUUCUACCAAGUGUUCUAACGUGUUUGACCACCCAGCUGAAUGUAGCUUAGCUACAACAGUAGAGAAAGAUAAACAGUUGAACGCUGUUUCAGAGUCGAUGCAUAGAUGUAUCUAACGAGGGCAAAAUAUUUAUCUACCUUGGAAUAGAUGUUCAGUUUUCUUAUAUCUAGAUAGAUGUUUUGUUGCCAAUAAGCAGUACAGGGGGUGUGACUAAACAGGAAAAUAAGGGAAAUUUCUACUUGAGGUGGGUUUUAGACUAUAUAGGCAACAACUGAAGUGAUGUGGACUUAAAUUUAACACUAGUCUUAGUACUAUGGCAAAUUGGCUUCCUUCCUGGGAGAACAGAACACAUCGUAUUCCCUCUUCCUUCCUAAAACAGUUGUUGUGGGUUUUUAAUACAUUUUUUGCACUGUUUGGAGUAGCUUUUGAAAUAAACUUUGCCUGCCCCACACAUAAAGGAGCCUAUGACCUGACUUUAGUGUCCUAUUUAAUAAUGUAGUUACAAAAUUGUAAUAGUGCAAUGUCUGUCCUUUCCCCUAUGCAAAAUAAAAUUUCUACAACAAAUGAAUUAUUACCUCAUGAACAGCAAGCAAGAAAUAAAAGCUUUUCUUAAAAGCUUUUUAUCACUAACUUAUUGUUACAAGAUAAACGAGUUAAUUGUGCAUUCCUUGUUCACCAUGCUUCACUGAGAAAUACAUAUCAUUAGCAUAACAGUCUGCUCACUUCUGCCUUUUUAUUUCUUGGAAUGCUUAAAAACGUUGUAUGAUGAAGACUAGACGGGUCUUUUUUUCUCCCUUCUUUUAAUCUGAGUGUGAUAGUAUUUUAUGUGUGGUAAGCUAUUUCAUUCUUCCUGCCUCCUCCUAAAUUUGGGCAUAAUGAAAUGAUUAAAAAAAAAAAAACUAUAAAAAUAAGGAAAAAUCUACGAAUGACCUAGGGCUGAUCUAGAAAGUGAAACUAUGUAUACAAAUGAUCGCAUUGAGUAUGCUCUUAAAUCCAGGAAAGGGAACUACAAAUGUGAGUGUUUGCACCAAAUAAGCCAAAACUCGAUGUAACGUGUAUUUAUGGUCUUAAUUUUUUUUAGAGAUGGUGGAGCCAGGACAAGAUCUGUUGCUUGCUGCUUUGAGUGAGAGUGGAAUCAGUCCAAAUGAUCUGUUUGAUAUUGAUUCUCCAGAUGUGGUUCUUGCAACUCCAGCACCAACUCCAGCUGUUCAGCAGUCAGUGCCACUUAGUGCAUUAGAACUAGGCUUGGAAACUGAGGCCGCAGCUGCUGUGAAACAAGAACCAGAGACUGUAUCAACUCCAGCCUUAUUAAAUGUUCGGCAACCCCCAUCUACCACAACCUUUGUGCUGAAUCAAAUAAAUCAGCUUCCGACUUUGGGGACUACUAUAGUGAUGACAAAAACCACACCUGUUACAACCACAAGGCAGACUAUCACUGUAGCAAAAAUCAUCCAGACCAGCACAACAACUCGACCCUCUGUUGCAGCACCAGCAGUACGCAAUGCCUUGACCACUACACCUUCAAAGGACCAGAUUCAGCUGAAAGAUCUACUAAAGAAUAAUAGUCUUAAUGAACUAAUGAAACUGAAGCCACCUCCUAAUAUUGCCCAGCCCGUAGCAACAGCAGCAACUGAUCUAAGCAAUGGGGCAGUGAAGAAGGAGGCUUCCACAAAAGAGGUAGCAAGAAUAUGGAUAAAUGACAUUAAAAUGAGAAGUUUUUCGCCUACUAUGAAAGUGCCAGCAAUAAAAGAGGAAGAGGAACCUGAGGAAGAGGAUGAAGAAGAAAUGGGCCAUGCAGAAACUUAUGCUGAGUAUAUGCCAAUAAAAUUAAAAAUUGGUCUACGUCAUCCUGACCCGGUAGUGGAAACCAGCUCAUUAUCCAGUGUAACUCCUCCUGAUGUGUGGUACCAGACAUCAAUAUCAGAAGAAACAAUUGAUAAUGGCUGGUUGUCAGCUUUGCAACUUGAAGCAAUCACUUAUGCAGCCCAGCAACAUGAAACAUUCCUGCCCAAUGGAGACAGAGCUGGAUUCUUGAUAGGUGAUGGUGCUGGUGUAGGAAAAGGAAGGACCAUAGCUGGAAUAAUCUAUGAAAACUACUUGUUAGGUAGAAAAAGAGCAGUCUGGUUUAGCGUGUCAAAUGAUCUGAAAUAUGAUGCUGAAAGAGACUUGAGAGAUAUUGGAGCAAAAAACAUUUUGGUUCAUUCAUUAAACAAGUUCAAGUAUGGAAAAAUUUCUUCAAAACAUAAUGGAAGUGUGAAGAAGGGUGUCAUUUUUGCCACCUAUUCUUCUCUUAUUGGUGAAAGUCAGUCUGGUGGUAAAUACAAAACCCGAUUAAAGCAGCUUCUUCACUGGUGUGGUGAAGACUUUGAUGGAGUUAUUGUAUUUGACGAGUGUCAUAAAGCUAAGAAUCUGUGUCCUGUUGGUUCAUCAAAACCAACAAAAACGGGUCUGGCUGUGUUGGAACUUCAGAAUAAACUUCCAAAAGCUAGAGUUGUUUAUGCUAGUGCCACAGGUGCGUCUGAGCCAAGAAAUAUGGCAUAUAUGAACCGUCUUGGAAUAUGGGGUGAAGGAACUCCAUUUAGGGAAUUCAGUGACUUCAUUCAGGCUGUUGAAAGAAGGGGUGUUGGUGCCAUGGAAAUAGUUGCUAUGGAUAUGAAACUGCGAGGAAUGUACAUAGCAAGACAGUUGAGUUUUUCAGGUGUAACUUUCAAAAUUGACGAAGUUCUGCUUUCACAGGACUAUGUUAAAAUGUACAAUAAAUCUGUGAAACUGUGGGUUAGUGCCAGAGAGAGGUUUCAACAAGCAGCUGAUCUUAUUGAUGCAGAGCAACGAAUGAAGAAGUCGAUGUGGGGUCAGUUUUGGUCAGCCCAUCAGAGGUUUUUCAAGUACCUUUGCAUAGCAUCUAAAGUGAAGAGGGUAGUACAGCUAGCUCGAGAAGAAAUCAAGAAUGGAAAAUGUGUUGUUAUUGGACUACAAUCAACAGGAGAAGCAAGGACAUUAGAAGCUUUGGAAGAAGGUGGUGGUGAACUGAAUGACUUUGUUUCUACAGCAAAAGGAGUAUUCCAGUCUCUCAUUGAAAAGCACUUUCCAGCUCCUGACAGGAAGAAGCUGUUUAGCUUGUUGGGAAUUGACUUGACUGCUCAAAGUAAUAACAAUUCACCUAGAGACAGUCCUUGCAAGGAAAAUAAGAUAAAGAAACGGAAAGGUGAAGAAAUAACCAGAGAAGCAAAAAAAGCUCGUAAAACAGGUGGCCUUGCAGGUAGCAGCUCUGAUGAGAGUGAAAGUGAGUCGGAUGCUUCAGACAACGAAGAAAGUGACAAUGAGAGCUCCAAAUUUUUGAGUUCUGGAGAUGAUGAUGACUUCAACCCAUUUAGAGAUGAAUCCAGUGAAGAUGAUGAAAAUGCUUCAGAUCCCUGGCUAAUUAGAAAAGACCAUAAGAAAAAUAAAGAAAAGAAAAAGAAGAAAAGUAUAGACCCAGAUUCUAUUCAAAGUGCCUUAUUAGCUUCUGGUCUUGGAUCAAAACGACCUAGCUGUUUUACUUCCACUGUUGGUACCACCACGUCUAGUACCAACACAUCAGCAAACAGUAAUACAAACAGCAGCUUUGUAACAAGUCAGGAUGCUGUCGAAAGGGCUCAACAAAUGAAAAAAGAGCUGCUUGAUAAACUGGAAAAGUUGGCUGAAGAUCUUCCACCUAACACACUGGAUGAGCUUAUAGAUGAACUUGGUGGUCCUGAAAAUGUUGCAGAGAUGACAGGCCGCAAAGGAAGAGUUGUAAGCAAUGAUGAUGGCAGCAUAUCUUACGAGUCAAGAUCUGAACUCGAUGUGCCCGUUGAAAUUCUGAACAUCACAGAAAAGCAGAGGUUCAUGGAUGGAGAUAAGAACAUAGCCAUAAUCUCGGAGGCUGCCAGCUCUGGUAUCUCGUUGCAAGCAGAUCGUAGAGCUAAGAAUCAGAGGCGGAGAGUUCAUAUGACUCUGGAGUUGCCAUGGAGUGCAGAUAGAGCAAUACAGCAGUUUGGAAGAACUCAUAGAUCCAACCAAGUGACUGCUCCAGAGUAUGUGUUCCUAAUUUCUGAGUUGGCAGGAGAGCAAAGAUUUGCAUCUAUAGUUGCAAAAAGACUGGAGAGUUUGGGAGCCCUCACUCACGGUGAUAGACGGGCGACAGAAACUCGAGACCUCAGCAGAUUCAAUUUUGACAACAAGUAUGGAAGAAAUGCUUUAGAGAUUGUUAUGAAAUCCAUUGUGAACUUAGACUCCCCAAUGGUCUCACCACCUCCUGAUUUUCCUGGAGACUUCUUUAAAGAUGUUCGCCAGGGAUUGAUCGGUGUAGGCCUGAUAAAUGUAGAAGACAGAUCUGGAAUUCUAACGCUUGAUAAAGAUUAUAACAACAUAGGAAAAUUUCUGAAUAGAAUUCUUGGUAUGGAAGUACAUCAGCAAAAUGCUUUAUUCCAGUAUUUUUCUGACACACUAAAUGCAGUUAUUCAAAAUGCUAAAAAGAAUGGAAGAUAUGAUAUGGGCAUCUUAGAUUUGGGCUCCGGGGAUGAGAAAGUAAGGAAGGCAGACGUUAAGAAGUUUUUAACUCCAGGAUACUCUACCUCUGGACAUGUAGAACUGUACACAAUCAGUGUAGAGAGAGGAAUGUCGUGGGAGGAAGCAACUAAGAUCUGGGCAGAACAGACGGGACCAGAUGAUGGAUUUUAUUUAUCACUGCAGAUAAGAAAUAACAAGAAAACUGCUAUUCUAGUAAAAGAAGUGAAUCCUAAAAAGAAGCUUUUUUUAGUGUACAGACCAAAUACAGGGAAACAACUCAAGUUAGAAACAUGUUCAGACCUGAAAAAGAAGUAUAAGAAGUUAGCUUCUGAAGAUGCUCUGCCACACUGGUUAGAGCAGUACAAUUCUUCUGCGGAUACCUGCACACAUGCUUAUUGGAGAGGCAAUUGUAAGAAGGCAGGCUUGGGGUUAGUUUGUGAAGUGGGACUCCGCUGUCGAACUUACUAUGUCUUGUGUGGUUCAGUACUGAGCGUCUGGACAAAAGUAGAAGGCGUUCUAGCCUCUGUCAGUGGUACAAACGUGAAAAUGCAAAUAGUUCGUCUAAGAACAGAAGAUGGGCAGAGGAUCGUAGGUUUGAUCAUUCCUGCAAACUGUGUAUCGCCCCUCGUAAACCUCCUGUCAACGUCAGACCAGUCUCAACAGCUUGCAGUACAGCAGCAGCAGAUUUGGCAGCAGCAUCACCCACAGAGUAUCACCAAUUUCAACAAUGCAUAAGAGGACAUGCUACAGGUGUUGACUCUGGUGUUUGAGGAAAAGGCUGUAAAAGCAUAUCACUUGCAUAAAAAUCAGGGACAGAUUCCAAAGAAAUAUAACUUUUUCAGUUCAGUUGUGUGCUCUCAAACUUUGGGAAUAAAGAGAUCUAAAAAGGUUGGUAGAACUGAAAGCCAGCAAUUGUUUAUGGUGGUGCAUCUGUCUUUCCUUAUGCUCUCUGUAGUGCUUCCUGUUUGCUUUUACUUUUGGCCUUUUCAGCUACAAACCCACAAUUUGUUUGAAAAUGCUUGAAAAUCCCCAAGCAGGCUUUAUUUUUAUCUUGUCAUACAGUGCUCAGGGUUUAACGCAGUGCAUCAAUGCCAUUGCUGUGGGAGAUAUCCUUGAAUGCAUGUAUUGAGUAUAUAUAUAGAAAAUAUAUAUUGGGUUUUUCUCUUCAAUUUGUAAGUUUAUAAAAGCAUGAAACCUAGAGGUUGCACAUCAUGCAUUCAGGUUCCUUCCCAGUUUCUGUUUGACAGUGCAUGUCUUUGGAAACGGAUAUGGACGGGAUAAACACACACGAGAGGAAUUCAGAGAGAAACACAAUCUUAGUUGUACAGCAUUGGUUAUUGCAUUUUUAUAGUGUUUAUACCCAGGUGUUGCAUUUUUUUCUGGUUCUCUCCUGGGGGUUAUAUAUUUGAGUCUACCACAUGUUCUUUUUGUGAUAAACAUCUUAAAUUAAAAUUAGUUCAUUUUUAAUGUAUUAAUGGUAUUCCUAAUGUGUACUGCAAAGAUGGCUGGAUGCCUGUUUUCCUUAAAUUGAAGCAUUUCCUUAAUCCGAGGUGGUUAUGGAAACUUAAGUGCAAAUUCACUUCCAUCUCGCAUACAAUCUUAUAUUUUUUACUUCAUUAAUGUAAUUUAAUUUGUCACUUGUAAGAUGAAACCUUACUUGAGCUGUAAAUUAGAGAAUGGGAAACACUUGAGGGUUCCGCUGUAUGUGCUGUUUCUGUUACCCAGUAACUUGAAUACUGUUUAAUAUGUUGUAAGACAUUGUAGAGUUUAUCUGGAGCUGUUUAAAAGAAAUUGUAAUGUACAAAUGUGAAUAGUCACUUAUCUAUAAUAUGGGUAAGUUUUGUUUUGCCUAUAAUAGUAGAUGUUUAUAAGAAAGUGAAGGACAAUGUUUGUCAUUUCUUGCUUGCACAGGUUGCACUAUUGAAAAUUUGAGAUUGUAUAAACCUGUCCAAAAAACUACAAGAUAACAAUCUUGUAGAUGUCAAAUAAAAGUUAUUGUACUAACAA